AGGGGCCGUUGGUGUUGAGAGUUGAAACUGCACGUCACGUGGCCGUCCCUUCCCUCUUCACCGUUAAAACGCUUUCACACUUUUCUCCUUUCCCUAUUCUCAUUUCUCUUAAUUUCCCUUUUCAAAAACCCUAACAAUCAAUUCUCUUUCAGGUCGGGGUCGCGAAGGGUAGGGUUUUGAAUUUUCGGCAAUCUUGGUAAAAUUCCGUCUACUUAACAAAAAAAGAAAGGUUUUGUUCGUUUAAAGUUGGAGGCUUGCUUGGGUCUGAUGAGAAUUGUUAGGGGAAUGCAGAGAUCGCUUUGCGAGGAGGACUUCUGCUGCAACAACAACAACGACUCCUUCUUCCAAGGGAUUGGCAUCACCGCGCCCAAAGCCAGAACCCGCGAUAAACUCUUCAUCAUCCAAACCCUCUGAAAUCAAAACGCGCCCUAGGGUUUGCCUUUGCCUUUGCGUUACCCAUUGCAAUGACUCGCGUCUUGGUUCAGAGGGGUUCCUCCUCCAACCCCAACGCUAACAGGUCUGCCGCUGCCGCUGCUGCUGCCGCCUCCGCCUCCGCCUCUUCUUCCAAUUCCUCAGCGCGGCCUGAGCCGCCGCCGGAGAUUGCUGAGGAGGUUGUUGUUGCCGUGUCCGAUGAGGUUUUGGAGAGCGGUGAAAAGGGGAAGAAUGAGGAGGUUUUGGCUGCUGCUGCUGGUGGUGGUGUUCAUUUUGAGCAGGGUGGUGGUGAUGGUUCGUGUGAUGAUGACGUGGCUGCUGCUGCUGCUGCUGCUGUGGAGAGUGAUGUGAGGGAGGAGAUUGUGAGUGGGCUGAGAGUUGGCGAGAGACUUGUUUCGGAGAGUGAGGGUUCGAGUGGGGAUGCUUUUUCCCUCCCUGUUGGUGGUGCUGGUUCUUGCCCCCCACCGCCUCCGGUGCCGCCUCCCAAGCCUUCUGUGGCGGGGAACUUGAACCCGAGGAGGAGUGUGGCCUGGGGUUUGAAUUCCGGCUCUGUGGGAUCCUCGAGGAGGACUGCGUGGCCUCCGGCGAGGACUUCACCUGCUGGGUCUAGGCCGUCUUCCCCCAGGUCGCAUAAUGAAAGUGAGGGGUACAAUAGUGCUGAUGAACAGAAGCCUUGCCUGGUUUCCUCUUAUGAUGAUUUUGAAAGGGAGCGGCAGUUUGAAAUUGAUAUCAGAAGGGCAAAGGGUUAUGAAGUAAAAAAAAUGAUGGAGGAUGGGAAUUGUCUUUUCAGAGCAGUUGCAGAUCAGGUGUAUGGGGACUCAGAAUUGUAUGAUUUGGUCAGACAGAUGUGUAUAGAUUAUAUGGAGCAAGAGAGAGAUCACUUUUCACAGUUUAUAACUGAAGGCUUCACAUCUUACUGCAAGAGAAAAAGAAGAGAUAAGGUCUAUGGAAACAAUGUUGAGAUCCAAGCCAUGUGUGAAAUGUAUAAUCGUCCAAUUCACAUAUACUCUUACACCACUGAACCUAUCAAUAUCUUCCAUGGAAGCUACAAUACUGACACACCACCAAUUCGAUUGAGUUAUCAUCAUGGGAAUCAUUACAACUCUCUUGUUGACCCACGACGCUUGACAAUUGGUGCUGGUCUUGGGUUCAGCAGUCUUCGUGGAACAAAUGUUGACAAAGAUCAAGUUAAGGCUGCUAUUAAAGCUCAACAAGACCAACAGAUCAAUAAUGCACUUUUAGCUGAGGGUCGGUUUUACUCGGAUCUUGAGCUGACAGAGAAGGAAAUUGAACGCAUGGUGAUUGAAGUAUCUAGAGCUGAGUACCUUGCAGAUAGUAGAGUAUUUAAGCAACCGCUUGGCGAUAGAGAGUCCUCAACCUCAAACGCUGAACCAUCAUCUUCUGGAGCAUCAGGCAGUGAUAAUGGGAAAGAGCAUCUUAGCAGUGGUAUGCAGAUCUUAUUAACAAUGGGAUUCAGUUACAUCCAAGCGAUCGAGGCUUACAGCUUAUUUGGGGACGAUGUUGAUUCUAUGGUUUGUUACCUCUUAGAAACUGCCAGUACCAGCAGACGUAAAGGCAAGGCUACUGAAUGAAUGAAAAUCAAUCAAUCAUGUAUCAACCUACUUACUCUUUACUUCUAUUUCCUAUCAAAAAACUGAGCAACCAUAUAAUUUUAUUUCGUUUAAUCCUAGGCUCAUUACCUAUUCAUAUUUUGAAAAAUGAAUCUGUGUCCACGUUAUUCGUCUA